CUGACGCGAGUAACUCGCCAAGUCCCUGGCAGCACAGAGGUUACAUCAUCGUCGCCCAACUUGCGCGGCGCACCUUGAAGGCCUCUCUCGCCAUGGUCGGGCUUUUUCGCAACCGAAUAUCCUUGUUGUUCUUUCUGGGAACUCCUCAAAGACAAGUAAGAACCUCUCAGGCGCCAUUUCUGUCGUCGAACAGACCCAUUCGCAAACUCUGCAGCGCCUCAACGACGAAAGCCAGGCAGCAUCCCCUCUCUCCGUCCCUGCUGCAAACAGCUCGUCACCUCCGCAAAUCGAACACGACGCUACUAUCUUGUCAGACACAGCCGUCGAUCGCGUUACCGCUAUCGGACAGACGAUCAUUCACGACGACAGGCGCCCUGAGAAAAGGAACAGACGAAAUGUCGGACCAGGAUUACAUGGCCUUUCUCGACAAGGCGAACGAAGAUCCAUCCAAGGGAGUGACUUCGGCUGCCGCUGCCGGUGGCGCCGCGACGAACCGGGGAGCAAAGACCGAGUUCAGGGCGACGCAGGAGGGCGUGGAGGUACCGGCGCCGAUUGCGAGGGUGUGCGGCAAGGGCGAUGUGUCGUUCUACGCGUCGGACGCGGACGAGCCAUUCGAGGCCGUCGCGCUGCGCUGGGACGAAGGCGGGAAAGGGUUGCCUGAUGAGGAGGAGUUUGCGACGCUGAUUGAGCAUUGGGAUCCAAAGAAUGCUGAAGUCCAGAUCAUGGAUCCGGUGGACUGGGACCGUAAUGGGCAGUAUGGGGAGAUUGUGGACGCGGUGAGGGAGGCCGGGGAGGGGAAUGAUGUGAGGGUGUAUCGGGUCGCGAGGGACGGAGUCAGGGCCGAGUACUGGGUGGUCACUACCCAGGGCAAGGGGGAGGAGGCCAAGUUGGUCGGGGCGAAGGCCCUGGCCGUGGAGAGCUGAAUUCAGGUGGUCCACCUGUUAUCUGUAAUUAUUAAUCGGUCGACUGUUC